AUGUCCAACUCUCCCGCCGUCCCCAGGACGGCGCCAAUCGCCAUUGCCCCCAAGCCAAGUGGACCUGUUGCCGCGGUAUCUAGCUCGGCGUCGUUAUCCGGAUCGGCUAGUCGUCGCCAGAAACACCAACUCGACGGAAACAACAAGUUUGAUCUUGGUAAAGGUAGCAUGUCAUCUUUCGAUGCCUCCGCGCCCCACUCCCUUGCCAGUUCUCCUUCUAGCCCGUGCGAUUCCUGUCGUAGACUUCGACUCAAGUGCACCACGGCUGGCGACGAAGACGACGGCGGCUGCAUCCCGUGCCAAAGAAGUGGCUCCGAAUGUUCACUGGUCCUCAGUCCCCGACCCAGGAAACGUAAAUUGACCAAAGGCUCGGCUGCUCUGAAUAGCAUGACCGCGCAACAGCGCAGUUCACCCUUGACCCAGGAUAGCAGGAGAAGGCGCCAGUCUCAGCCGAAUUCCGCCUUAUCGUCGCCGUCUACGAGCGCGUCGCUCGUCGAAGAGAUGGCUAACGUCGGAGGCCCAACGCUGCUGAAGCGAACGCUCGGCAUGCAAAACGACCGCUACAGCCAGCAUAUCGGACCCACGACCGAUUUCGAGCCCUCGCUUAUCAAUCUCUCUCCAUUCAACCCCGAAGAUGAAAGUCUCCUCUCGAGGGGAACCCUGCGCAGGCACCAGCUCAAAGAUGUAGACGAGGUAGAGAGGCUCGUGGCACCUCAUGGAAAACACCUUAUCGACCUCUACUUCAGGGUGGUCCACCCCGGGUUCCCGAUUAUCCAAAAGGGCGUCUUUUUGGAAAAGUAUGAGCGGUCCUAUCGAGUUCUCGCCGCCCCUCUUGGCAGCGGUCUACCUCCUCGCCAUCAACUGAGACUUGUGCGAUCCACCCUCGCCGACGCCAUGUAUAGGCCUAAGCUCUCGACCAUCCAAGCAGGACUUCUGCUCUCCCAGCGGCCUGAAGGCGACCAAUGGGCUCCUACCGCACAGCUGGUAGCCAUCGCCCAGGAGCUGGGACUCCACCUGGACUGCACAAACUGGAAGAUACCGCCGUGGGAAAAGGGCUUGCGGAAGCGACUGGCUUGGGCACUCUACAUGCAGGAUAAAUGGGGCGCCCUGGUUCACGGACGGCCAUCCCACAUCUUUCCGACAAACUGGGCUGUGCAGCAGCUGUCCGAAAACGACUUUCCCGACGUUGAUUGGGACGAGAAUGACAUUGAGGAGAGGAGGGAGGUGGAAGCCGGCCGGCUCAUCUUUUGGGCCAUGCAGACGGUCAUGGAUGCGGGGGCGCAAGGAACUCACAUGGUGCUAUCCCUCGCGAAACCCGUGCAGCUCAAGUUGAAGGAGUGGUUUUCUAGUCUUCCACCGGUGCUUCGCAUGGACUCGUCGUACUCGGCCAAGGGCAACCCGGGCGGACGGCUCUCGAGCGUGGGAUACCUCCACCUGGCGUAUUUCGCGACAGAAAUCACGCUCCAUCGACGAAUCAUCAGGUCCCUCACCGCCGCGGAAGCAGGUGGAACAGUGGACCCUUACCUUCAGCACAUCUGCCGCAACGCCGCCAAGGCCCGACUGAUCUCGGCCAUGGAUUUUGUCAAUCGCCUUUCGCCAAACCACCUCCGUGCGUUUUGGUAUUUUGCGUCCAAGACAAACUUUGCGCUCAUUGGCACUUUUGGGUCGCUCCUGUGGGCGACUAGCCCGGGACAGGAAGAGGCCGAGUGGUACCGUCGGCGUCUCGGCGAGUAUAGGUGGACGCUGAGCGUGAGCUCCAAACCUGGCGGAUCUAGCCGUCUGACCGAGUUCGCUAUGACCAUGCUCGAUAUCAGCACGGGGUUGUUGAAAAAGCUCCCGGAGAAGCCUGUGCUAAGCCGUAAUGGAAGCACGGCCGACAUGGCAGGACUGAACGGCGUGGCACCGGCCGGGCCGUCGAGACCGAGGAACCAGGACUGGUUUUCUCCCGAGGGGUACAGCGGAUUCCCAUCGACGGAGGCGAGCGAAGCUGUGAGCCCGAGGAGCGAGAGCGACAGUAGCGAUGACGAUAUGUACGACAAUGCUCCCGGCGCCUGA